AUGAUGUCUCAAUGGUCUUUCAAACUCCUUGCGGUAUUUUUGAGCCUCAUUGCAAUUAUUGCACCCAUUGCCGAAGGCAGAAGGAUGUCACCAGGAAACGGCCAUGGGGGACCACCAAGUAGGACUGCACCAAAGAUACCCAAGUGUGGCCCAGCUGCUGCAAGGUGUAAGACAGGAACACCUUCAUGUUCAGGUACAAGACCAGUGUGUAGCCAGGGGGGUGAAUUUAUUAAGUGUACGGUUCCACUGAUAUGUGCAUAG